AGGAAGGGGGGCGGAGGAGAAACAGGGGGUGGCCCUGAUGCUCUGCCAGCCUGUUUUUCCGGGGAAAGGCUCAGCUGCUUAGCUGGAGCAGGUCGAACAAAGUCUCCCCAGGACUUGGAAGGGUUCUCCUGCAACCCUCUGAGCCCCACUUGGACUCCUCGGAGCCAUCCUGUUUCCGGGAGGAUGGUGACCAGCCCAGGUGACCGCUGAGCAACAUGGCUGUGAGGUUUCAGGUGGCAGAGAUGGAGGAAAUGAUCAUCUGGGAGCAAUAUACAAUUACACUGAAUCGGGAUCCCCGGAAGGGCUUUGGCAUUGCCAUUUCGGGUGGCCGCGAUCGCCCCAACAGUGCAGAUGGCGACACCUCUAUUGUCAUAUCAGAUGUGGUGCCUGGAGGACCCGCGGUUGGCCGACUCCAAACCCGGGACAAGAUCGCCAUGGUCAACGGCCUCUCCAUGGAGAACGUGUCGUCAUCUUUUGCCAUCUCCACUUUGAAAACUUGUGGCAAGCUGGCCAACAUUACAGUAAAAAGACCCCGGAAAAUCCACCUGCCCGUUGCCAAACCCAGCCAGCCCAGGAACCAGCCUUCUGGAACUCCUACACCACAUUUGACGGAUGGGAGAAAUGAUGACUCGGAUGAGGAUUAUGGGGACCGGGAUGAUGAGUCAACCCCACUAGGCAGACACCCUGGUCAGAGCCAGCGGCGGACAGAAGCAGACCGUGGUUACGAUGGAGACUCGUCCAGCGAGAGAAGUUCGGGACAUUACCGUGAUGAUGACAACGGCACCCAUCGGCAGACCCUCAGGAGCCGGCGGCGGAGCCAAGAGGGGGGCCACCGGAAGCGGAACCAAGAUAGUGGGUCUGAUAGGCCCCCUUUUGCCAAUGGGCACAGUCACAAAGGAAGUACCAGCGGGCUUGCCCUGAUGUCUGGGUUCAAGAGGCUGCCAAAGCAGGAUGUGCCGAUGAAACCCGUCCGCUCGGUUUUGGUGAAGCGGAAGGAGAGCGAAGAAUACGGACUGAAGCUGGGGAGCCAGAUUUUUAUCAAACACAUCACGGAGUCAGGAUUGGCCGCCAAAGAUAACUCCCUGCAAGAGGGGGACCUUAUUCUCAAGAUCAAUGGUAUUGUCAGUGAGAACAUGUCUUUAGGAGAGACGCGGCAGCUGAUCGAACAGUCCGAGGGAAAACUUACCUUACUCGUUUUGCGUGAUAACAGCCAGUUCUUGGUCAACAUCCCUCAAGUGAGAGACAGCGAUACGGAAAGUUCCCACUUGGACGAUAUAUCUGAUCUUGGCUCAGACAUCUCGCCUCCCCCUCCUGUGGCAAGUUUACCACACUCUCCUGAAUCUCUGAAAAGGGAUUCUGUCCGAUCACAGAGGGGUUACAGCAGAGAAGAGAUGGCGAUGGAAGAGUUGACUUCAACCUCAAUUCCUAAUGCCGAGGAACCCCCCAGCAAUGGCUACGAUUCCCAAGGGAAUAAUUCCAUCGUGCAAAGUGGUGGGAAUUUAGGGUACAGUCCCGAUUCGAAAGUGGUACGUUUUGUCAAAGCAAAGAACAUUGGGCUUCGUCUUGCUGGCGGGAACGACGUUGGGAUAUUUGUGGCUGGCGUGCAGGAGGGCAGCCCGGCUGAGAUUCAGGGCAUUCAAGAAGGCGACCAGAUCCUUCAGGUGAAUGAGAGGCCCUUCCAGAACGUGACUCGCGAGGAUGCUGUUCAGUACUUGAUGGAGUUGCCCCCAGGGGAAGAAGUGAUGCUACACGUUCAAAACAAACAGGACAUUUACAAGAAGAUGGUCAGGUCCAACGUGGGGGAUUCGUUCUAUAUCCGCACCCACUUUGACUUUGAGAAGGAUGCGCCUUCUGGACUGAGCUUUACCCGGGGAGAAGUCUUCCAUGUGGUAGACACGAUGUAUCGGGGCAAACUGGGAAGUUGGCUCGCCCUGCGGAUGGGAAAGGAGCUUCAAGAGCUGGACAAGGGCAUCAUUCCAAACCAGAGCAGGGCCGAACAGAUAUCCAGCCUGGAAUCAGUUCUCAAAGCGACAUCAAGGACCUCCAGCGUUUUGGGGGCUCGAGCGGAGUUCUGGAAGCUGCGCGGUUUGCGGGGAGCCAAGAGGGCACUACGGAAGAGCCGGGAAGACCUUUCCACCCUCACCAAGCAGGGCCACUACCCGCCUUACGAGAAGGUUGUCCUCAAGGAAGCAACUUUUAAGCGUCCUGUGGUGAUCCUGGGCCCAAUUGCUGACAUUGCCAUGCAGAAACUGAGCACAGAAAUGCCGGAUCAGUUUCAGAUUGCAGAGAGUGUCAGCAGAGAAGGAGGAUCAGCCAAAGUGAUCAAACUGGACACCGUGUGGCAAAUUGCAAAGCAGGAUAAGCAUGCGCUGCUAGACAUCACACCAGCCGCUGUGGAGCGUCUCAACUACGUGCAGUAUUUCCCCAUUGUGGUCUUCUGUGAGCCGGACAGCCGGCAAGGAAUCAAGGCCAUGAGGCAGUGGCUGGCGCCAGAUUCCAAGAAGAGUUCGCGGCGCCUCUUUGCACAGGCCAACAAGAUGCGGAAGUAUUGCAGCCACCUCUUCACGGCCACCAUCAGCCUCGCCGGAGGGUCCAACAGCUGGUACCAGACCCUGAAGGACAUUGUCCAGAUUCAGCAGGCCCGCCCUGUCUGGAUGACGGAAGAGCAGGUGGAUGCUUCAGCUGAGGAGAGCCUGGACAUACUAAACCAGACCUCGGCCAUCAGUCUUGGUGACCUGACUUGUGACAGCCGGGCCAACAGUGACUAUGAGGAAACAGACGCGGAGGGAGAACCUUAUACGGACCAGGAGCUAGAGGAGCCCUAUCAGGAGGCAGCCCUGAGCCGUUCUUCAGAGCCAGCAGAGCAAAGCCUGGAUCGGGAGCUGAAUGAGCGUGUGGCAGCUGCUUUGGCCUACCCCAUUGACCUGCAUGAUGGUGAUCACCAACCCCAAGGACAGUGGCAGAGCAACUAUGAUAUCAGGGAAUAUGAACACGAAGCCCUUCGGAAAAAGUUCACCCAUGCUCAGUCUUAUGACUCAGAGUCAGACCAGGACUAUGGUUAUGACUGGGGACCUGCCACAGACCUGUGACCACACCACCUGCCACAUGGCCUCCUUCCUGGGCAGGGAAGCUGUCCUUGUCAUUCCACUGCUGGUGGAAAGCUUCCAAGGCCUUUAAUCUCCUAUGCAGAGGAAAACAAUCGCAGGAUGUGGCAAAAUUUUGAGCCCCUGCAAGUUCUCAUCACCAGCUUUGCCUCGGGAGGUGGUUCUUGUUCCGGGAAGGUUGCUUUUCUCUUUCACCAUGUUGCCUUAAGUUCUGGGCACUCCAGGGCAGCCAGGAAGAACAAACCAUCCAAGAUGGAAAUCUGGUCUUCAGUUGCUCCUCUCCACAGUCCUUAGCAGGGCAGCUCGUCUCAAGCUGGAUAUCCGGUGCCUUCAAGCUGCUUCGACCCUUUGAUCAAGACUAGAAUUUCCACUUGUCCUCCGAACAAAUUCAUAAUACAGCUCUGAAGGGCUUUGCAACCAUUUUUAUGUCAUUCUGGAUCCAUUUAACUGGGAUAGUGAGCCUCAAGCUGGAUGUACAGCAUCCUCAGGGAGGAUCCUUCUGUGCUUCAGGGGAGGCUAAGAACGUCCACCUUGUCUUCUGAAUUGAUGCACAAUGCUUGUAAGGAGGCACCCCACAGCCGUCCUAGAUCCAUUCACCAAAGAUGAGGACCGUCUCAAGAAUUUUAAAGCUAGGCCUCAUGUAUUGUUGUUCCCCUUCCCCACGAAAGAGAAGAGGACUAUGUUUGCUUGUAAACCACACUCCGUGUUUUCUCUUUGGAUCUUGAAUAGCCCUUCUUAAAUCUUUCUCCUCUACAUCUGUCGCCAGCUAAUACGAUACCCUAUUUGCCAGUCAAGACCCCCCACCCACCCUCCCCAUCCUUUACUUCAGGCCUAGAGUGUUGCUGGGUAAUCUCACACAACCGCAAAUUAAGGCCGAAAUGUCAUGAGAGUGCCAAUUUCAACUAUUAGGUAACACCGAAGUCUCAUUCAUUCUUGUUUGGAAUCUCUCAUGAUUUGGCCUUUUCAAAAAAGCUAAUUGGGAGGUUUACGCGUUUAUGGUAUUAAGGGCACUACUGCCUGCUCACGGUCUGUUUCUCUGGGAUUCAUUUUAUAAUUCCCCUUUAUAAUGUGCAAUGCGGUGGUAGGAGGGAGACUUAAUUCUGCCCUUUUAAUCACCAAUGUGAAAGGGUGUCAAGCAUACCUAAUUCCUUUUUUAUCUGUAUAACUUCCAUUUAGGGUUUCUCCCCUUUACUGUGUUUUUUGGGCCUCUGCAAAUGCCAAGGGACACCCACGGACAGAGAGCAGCCUGGGAUGAGGGAAUCUGAUUUAUUGCCUUAAUGUACCCAGAUGACCUUCUCCAUAUGUGAUGAGGGAAGAUGGAAGAACAGUCAUUCUCCCCUCCAUCAUUUGUGCCUUUUGUAUUAAAGCAUUUCUUUUCAGCUAAGUUGCAUGG